AUGACCGAUUGCAAGACUUUGAAAAUGAGGAGUCGCAAAGAUUCCGACGUUAUAAUUGUGGGUGCUGGUCUCUCCGGAAUCACAGCUCUAUACCAGCUUCGUAAGUUGGGAUUGAGCUGCUCGAUUCUAGAGAAGGGCUCCCAGAUAGGUGGUGUCUGGCACUGGAACUGCUACCCUGGUGCACGUAUGGACUCAGGAGUUCCUUCAUAUGAGUUUUCUAUACCGGAGUGCAGAGAAGGUUGGAAAUGGAGUAGUACAUAUCCGGAUUACGUGGAAAUUCGAAAGUACUUGAAGCACUGUGAUUCGAAACUUGGCAUCACAGAGCAUGUUAUAUUCGGAACGACAGUCCAGGAAGCAAAUUUCGAAUCUGAGCCUAGUCAAUGGGUUGUGAGAUGUGAUGACGGACAAGUUUUCGGAUCAAAGUAUUUGGUUAUGGCCAUUGGCCUGACCUCCAUUGCGACCUCAAUUGAUGAGCCAGAACUUGAUCGAUUCAAAGGUCAGAUAAUUUAUCCCAGUACUUGGCCAAAAUUUGGCGUGAAUCCCAAGGAUAAACAUGUGGCGGUAAUAGGAAGCGGGUGCACAGGGGUUCAGAUUGUCCAAGAGUGGGCUGAUCAAGCGAAGUCUCUGACUUUGUUUCAACGCACACCAAACACUGCGCUUCCAAUGCGGUUGAAACCACUUGAUAAUGAAAUGAAUAGAGUACUCACCACGCGGCAUAGAGAAUUCAUGGAGAAGAGAAAAAAGAUAGCUACUGGAAUGGCCGAUAAGAAGCCUAUUUCGAAGGCAUCAGUUGAUGAUUGUCUUGAUGACCGGCAUGCCUUCUUCGAAACCCUCUUUCAAAAAGGUGGUCUUCAUUUUUGGCUUUCUUCUUACGGAGAUAUUUCUGACAACUUGGAUGCCAACCGAGAAGUUUACGACUUCUGGGCCAAGAAAACCAGAGCUCGAAUUUCGGAUCCUAGGAAGCGCGAGCUACUUGCACCAACUGAACCAAAGCAUCUAUUUGGAGCGAAACGCCCAGCUCUUGAGCAAAGAUAUUUUGAAAAGUUCAAUCAGGAAUCCGUUGAUGUGGUGGACGUCAGCACCAAUCAAAUCCACUCGUUCACCGAAGACGGGAUCAUAACAAAUGAUCAAGUUCUACGUCCGGUGGAUAUUAUUGUCCCAUGUGUAGGCUUUCUUUCCCCGGAAGAAAUUGUUUUAUCCAUCGAUAUAAGGGGUAUUGAUGGUGUACGCCUCGCAGAAGUGUGGGGUCAAGAAGUCUCGACAUAUCUGGGCAUGAUGUGUCAUGGAUUCCCCAAUCUGUUCAUCCUGAAUGGGCCACAGUCACCUGGUGAAUUAGGCAAUGCACCAACAGUUAUUGAGGUCCAAGUCGAAUGGCUUUCCAUGAUGGUCGCCAAGAUCGAGCAGCGUGGACUGGCUCCGAUUCAUCCAACACGAUCCGCAAUGCAUAGAUGGAAGGAUCUUGUGCAAGAUAACUCGAAGAAGCCUUUAGCCACCAGGAAAAAAUCGCGAUUUAUGAUCUUUAAUAAGAUCACACAAGAGCUUGAAACAGUUUAUUAUGGAGGCGGAAUACCAAUGUACAUGGAGGAGCUUGAGAAAAGCUUUGUGAACUGGGACUGGGAGUCGAAUUUUCAUGUGAGCAGCCAGACUGUUAAUGAAAUUGAUUUCAGCCACAGUUUGAUUAGUUCACUUCACUAG